CAGUCAUUGCUUGAGAUGGGUACAAAAGAUUAUACCUUUGUACAACUUAAUCAGUUGAUUGGGAGGAAAACUGGAGGAAUAUCAGUUUAUCCAUUCACAUCAUCUAUUCGGGGCCGGGAGGAACCGUGUAGCCAUAUGAUAGUUCGUGGAAAAGCAAUGGCAGGGCGAGCUGAAGACUUAUUUAACCUGGUUAAUUGUGUACUUCAAGAAGUACAGUUUACAGACCAACAGCGUUUUAAGCAGUUUGUAUCCCAAAGUAAAGCAAGAAUGGAGAACCGAUUGAGAGGCAGUGGUCAUGGAAUUGCGGCUGCAAGGAUGGAUGCAAAAUUAAAUGUUGCAGGGUGGAUUUCUGACCAAAUGGGUGGCAUAAGCUACCUGGAGUUUUUACAAGGCCUAGAGGAGAGAGUUGAUCAAGAUUGGUCUGGAGUUUCUUCAUCUCUUGAGGAAAUUCGUGCAUCCUUGUUAUCAAGGAAUGGCUGCUUGAUAAACUUGACGGCUGAUGGGAAAAAUCUUACAAACGCAGAAAAAUAUGUUGGCAAGUUUCUUGACUUACUUCCUAGCAACUCUUUUGCCGAAACUGCCACUUGGAAUUCUCGAAUUUCACCUGGAAAUGAAGCUAUUGUGAUACCUACGCAGGUUAACUAUGUUGGCAAAGCUGCUAAUAUUUAUGACACUGGAUAUCAGCUUAGUGGGAGUGCGUAUGUUAUUUCAAAGUACAUUAGUAAUACAUGGUUGUGGGAUCGAGUGCGUGUAAGUGGUGGAGCAUAUGGAGGGUUUUGCGACUUUGAUACUCACUCAGGUGUAUUCUCCUUCUUAUCCUAUCGGGACCCCAACUUGCUGAAGACACUUGAUGUAUAUGAUGGAACUGGUGAUUUUCUACGUGAGUUAGAAAUAGAUGAUGACACUCUUACUAAAUCAAUUAUUGGGACCAUUGGAGAUGUGGAUGCGUAUCAGCUGCCAGAUGCUAAGGGUUACAGUAGUUUGUUGCGGUAUUUGUUGGGUAUCACAGAAGAAGAAAGACAAAAGAGAAGGGAAGAGAUACUAUCAACCAGCUUGAAGGACUUCAAGGAAUUUGCUGAUGCAAUUGAUGCAGUUAAGAAUAAAGGGGUUGUGGUUGCAGUAGUCUCGCCGGAGGAUGUUGAGGCUGCCAACAAGGAGUGCUCCAACUAUUUCCAAGUGAAGAAAGCCCUUUAAAGCCCCGAAGGUUACAUUUUCCUUGGGCAAUUAUUUUACUGUACUACCAUAUACAAAUUGAGAUGCUCAAAUUAAUUUACCAAUUUUUUCAUAGUGCUCAACAAAUUAACAGAUAAUAUAGUUAAGCGUACCAUAGGGAUGCUUAGAGGUUAAUCGUAUCUCCAUUGUAAUUUAUGAACUCCUUGAAUAUGAGCUUAGGGCAAGAACCGUUGCAUA